CUGAUGCGGCGCAGCAAGGCCGGCUGACCCAAAGCUGACCCCGCCUAAUCCGCUCGCUAAACCCGCUACGACGACGACGACGAGAGUCACGCACGCGUGGUGCGUGCUACACGACAACGUGGCAGCAAGAAUCCGGUCUCCCGAUGAAGAGGAGGAAAUGCCCCCACCAUCCGCUGCCUCAACUGCACCAGCACCCGGCACGCACCACCACCACCACGACCCGACCUGCAAAAAAUGCCAUCGCAUAGGAGGCCCAUGUCGUCGCCACGCCCGAGGCUCGCCCGCUCGCUCGCUCGGCGCGCCCAGAGCCGGGGAGCCCACCGCCCGUCUUAAACCCACCCCACCGGUCACCGCCCCGCUCUCCCAGUCUCCAGUGACCCACUCCACUCCACUCCCGCUCAGCUCAGCUCACACGUCGCCAUCGCCAGUAACCGCGCCCCACCGCCCCUCCCGCAAAACCGCGCCCGCCUCCUCGCCGACGAACGAUGGUCGCCGCCGCCGCCGCCCGCCGCAAGCGCUCCCGCCUGGCGCCGCGGUCGCCGGCGGCGACGGCGCGCCCCCGCCCGCCGCCGCCGCAGCUGACGGCGCUCCUGGCGCAGCUGGCCACGUCGGUCUCCCUGGCGCUGCGCUUCGCGUCGGACAAGGACCUGCUGCUCCGCCCCUCCCAGGCGCUGGCGCUCGACCCGCUGCUGCUCGCCGCGGCGCGGGCCGUGUCGCGGCUCCUGGCGCUGCUCCCGCUCCACCUCCAGACCAUCACGCUCACCUCGCUCUCGCUCUCCCCGCCCACGCCGCCGCCCUCGCUGCCCUCCUCCUGGUUCCUCCGCCUCGUCUCCGCCUCCCCCGCGCUCCCGGACUCCGCCUGGCGCGACGCCUUCCGCAUGUCCCGCCCGGCCUUCUACGCGCUCCUCCGCUCCCUCGCGCUCCCCGACCCCGCCGCCGCAUCCUCCUCCCUCGCGCUGCCGGCCGACCACAAGCUCGGCGCCGCGCUCUACCGCCUCGCGCACGCCGCCCCGGCCCGCGCCGUGGCGCGCCGCUUCGGCCUCCCUUCCCCGGCCGCCGCGGCGCAAGCCUUCUACGAGGUCUGCCGCGCCGUCGCCGACCGCCUCGCCGCCCUGCUCGACCUCGCCGCGCCCGACCGCAUCUCCCGCGCCGUCCCGGGCUUCUGCGCGCUCUCCCUCCCCAACUGCUGCGGCGCGCUCGGCUACGCGCGCUUCGGGGGCGCCGCGGUCACCGCGCAGGCCCUGGUCGACGCCGAGGGCCGCUUCCUCGACGUCUCCGUCGGCUGGGACCCGGCCGAGGCGCCGCCGGAGGUCCUCCCGCGGACCAAGCUCUACACCUCGCAGUCGCUCGUGCUCGCCAACGCGCCCCACGGCGAGCUCAUCGGCGGCUCCGUGCCGCGCUACUUCCUCGCGCCCGCCUGCUGCCCGCUGCUCCCCUGGCUCGUCACGCCCUACAGGGACGCCGGCGCCACGGACGGUGCGUCCAAGGAGCGCAUCUUCAACAACGUGCACGCGCAGGGGGCGCGGCUGGUGAGGAGCGCGUUCGGCCGCGUGCGCGCGCGGUGGCAGCUGCUCGAGGAGUGCUGGAAGGGCGAGUGCCAGGAGGCGCUGCCGUACGUCGUGGUCGCCGGCUGCCUGCUGCACAACUUUCUCAUCAAGUGCGGCGAGCCGAUGCCCGACGCGGCGGCUCCGGCGGACGCCGGCGCCGACGCGUUUGAGGACUUCGAGGGGGAGAAUGACAAGGAAGGGGAGAGGAUCCGGGAUGUUCUUGCCGUGCAUUUGAGCUUGGUGAGCCGUACCCAGUGAGGCAGGGAGUGAGCAAUUUGUGUGUGCUCUGCAGUUUUCCCUAGUGUACAUAUUAGUCUGAAUCCCUCAGCAUCGCGUGGACUGCCCCCUGUAUGAGUAUGAGUGAUGCUGAGGUUCUACCGGAGCUGCUUCUGUUCUAAUGUUGUGCUGUACUCUUGUCGAUUCAGUUGAUUUUAGUGUAGCGUGAUCAAUGAAAUUGCCAUGUCUGGUGCUUGUAGUCU